AUGUCCUAUCCGGAACAGAACAAAUACGACAUCGUCAUCGUCGGCGCAGGCCCCGUAGGUCUCCUCCUCUCUACCUGUCUGGCAAGAUGGGGCUACAAGAUAAAGCACGUCGACAUGCGACCCGAACCUACUCUCACCGGCCGCGCGGACGGAAUCCAGCCUCGCUCCCUCGAUCUCCUCCGGAACAUGGGCCUCAAGCGCGCGAUAAUGGCCCACGAACCCGCCAAAGUCUACGAAGUCGCAUUCUGGGAUCCGCAAUCCAGUGGCAAGGGCAUACAUCGAACUGGAACAUGGGCGAGUUGUCCAAAGUUCAUAGAUGCAAGAUAUCCGUUCACCACGUUGUUGCAUCAAGGGUUGAUUGAGCGGGUGUUCAUUGAGGACAUUGAGAAGCACGAUGUCAAGAUUCAGAGACCGUGGAAAAUCGACGGAUUCAAGAAUGAUGGAAAGGAUCCGGAAUAUCCUGUGGAGGUCACUGUUGGACAUGUGGACGGCCAGGAGCAGCAGACUGUGAGAGCCAAGUAUUUGUUCAGUGGAGAGGGUGCGAAGAGUUUUGUGAGAGCACAGCUUGGUGUUGGUAUUACACACAAGGAUCCGAUUGCGUACGUUUGGGGCGUCAUGGACGGUGUUGUACGGACGGACUUCCCUGAUAUCAAGGUGGGCAACCCAUGCGAGAGCGAGCCCGAGCAGGACUGACAAGACGCAGAUGAAAUGCACAAUCCAUUCCGAUGCCGGUUCCAUCAUGGUUAUUCCUCGUGAGAACAACAUGGUCCGGUUAUACAUCCAGAUCGCUUCUUCGGAAGAUCCAGACUUCAAUCCAAGGAAGACGGCAACAACAGAGGAAGUCCAGGCUAGAGCAAAGAAUAUCCUAAAGCCUUACUACAUUGAAUGGGAUCGCGUCGAGUGGUAUUCUGUCUAUCCCAUCGGACAGGGUAUUGCCGAUCGGUACACUCUGGACGAGCGCGUAUUCAUGGGCGGUGAUUGCUGCCAUACACAUUCUCCAAAGGCUGGUCAGGGUAUGAAUACCGCCUUCCUGGAUGCGCAAAACCUGGCCUGGAAGAUCCAUCAUGUCGAAUCUGGAUUCGCGGAUCGGUCAAUCUUAAAGUCCUACGAGAGCGAGCGGAAAUACGUUGCGGAGAACCUUCUCAACUUCGAUGCUGAGUACGCGAAGCUUUUCUCGCAACGACAGCCAUCCGCAGCGGAAGUGAAGGAGAGCAGCAAAGCGGACAGCUCGUCUGAGAACCCAUUCAUCGCCAAGUUCAAGGAAUCCUGCGAGUUCACAUCUGGGUAUGGUGUUGCCUACCUUGAGAACGUCUUCAAUUGGUCCGAGAAGCAUCCAGCACAGCACGAUCUCUUCCUCUCUGAGCCGAAAGGCACCACCAAGCUCCGGACAGGUCGCUACUUCACUCCAGCUACUGUCACUCGGGUAGCAGAUGCCAAUGUGGUACAUCUCGAGCAAGAGAUCCCGCUAAAUGGGUCUUUCAGGAUAUACCUCUUUGGAGGAAGUCCGGAGCGGACAAGCAAGGCCAUUGCAGACUUUGCGAAGAAUCUUCAGAAGAAGGGAUCUUUCUACUCGACGUACCAGCGGUCGGACAUUGACAGUGUCGACUAUCACGAACGCCACAACCCGCAUUCCCACUUCUUCACCAUCAACACCAUCUUCAACGCACACCGGCCUGAUAUCGAGAUCCGGGAACUGCUUCCAGAGGUGCUGAGUAGGUAUUGGGACCACGUAUACGCCGACGAUAUAUGGGAUUCGAGAGUCCCGGACGCCAAGGCAGCAGCGCACGCUAAGAUGGGGCUUUCAGAAGAUGAGGGCGGCGUGGUGGUCGUCAGACCUGAUGGAUAUGUUGCAUGUGUAGUGAAGUUGGUGGAGGGUAGCGGCACGGUGGAUGCCCUGAACGGUUACUUUUCCUCAUUCUGUACGAAGAAGGUUGGAGGCGAAAGGGCGCAGUUGUAG